AUGCUGGCCCGAAUACUGCUCGGGCUUCUCGCCCUGCCCGGGUCGCUGGCGCUGUACGAGUCGGACGUAGGAAAAGUCGACUGGCAUCAUCCGCAGAUCGGGGUGCCUGUAGCGCGACAAACGAGGUUCGACGCUCAGAGACAGCUCGUGAUCGCCGCUACGGAGAGUAAUGUCCUUGCUGCUUUACAUGCCACAAACGGCUCUAUUGCUUGGAGAUUUGUACAUGAACCCGAAGACGAUAUAGCCUGGACGGGUGUAUUACCGCAUAGCUCUACUGUAUUAUCACUAUCUGGACCGUCUGGAACUACACUCCGAGCGUUCUCUCCCUCCACCGGCGCUCUUAUAUCCGAAGUACGCCUACACGCACCAACACAGGCUAAACUACACGAACCUCCGAACCUUGGCGUCAGUGUCGCCGGACUGGUACUCAAGGGCGAAGGAGAGGCCGAAGGACACGAGGAGGCGUUUGUUCUGAGCGAAGGUGGCGUCGUGCACAGAGUCAAUGUGGACGGAGGAUUGAUCAGGUGGAAAUGGGCGAGCGAGGAUCAGGCCUCGAGCGUUAUAUACACUCACAUUCACGCUGCAACACACGGCAUCUACGUCAUUGGCCUCACAAACUCCUUCGCGGGUUAUACCUUGCACAUAACAUCUCUGAGCCUGCACGAUGGCUCCGUCAUAUCAUCGCAGGAUGUACCGUCCAGCCUAUCACCACCCACCGCGGACAGCUUCCCAUAUAUCCUUACGCCCAAAGGCGUUGCAUGGCUCGAAGUAUCGCAUGCCGAAGGCGAUGCCGACGUACAGAAGGAGAUCAGGACGGUGGAGUUUGCGCCGGAGUUGAGGUUGGGAAGGAUGCAAGACAAGACAUGGGACGAGAUCGUAGACGUCGGUACAUCAGCGUCUGGAUUGUUCAUUUCCAAACAUCCCUCGGGCACGGUCAGUAUUCUCGACUUCACCUCCCACGGACCUCAAGAAGCUCAUAAGUUCGCAUCAUACCUUCAAGGUGCUGCAUUGUAUGUCUCCGCCUACGACGCCAACAACAAGCCCUACAUCGCGCAAGUCGAAUAUGCGAUGUUACCCCUGGCGCAGAUACAAGUUGUCAAGCCUUCAUUGAAAGUUGGCUCUGUCCAGCUCGUCACGAAGGGAGACUCGGGCGAAGCGGUCAAGUUGGAGAGUAGGCAAGUCAUACUGGAUGAGGAGGUGGAAGGCGACGUCGUUGGGACAACGCUUGGCUUUAGCGAGGAUAACACGCCACAGCUGCUCAUCACGACUUCCACGGGCUCAGUACAGCUCUUCUCUCUCGCGUCGUUUGAUAAUCCAGCGGAUACCGAUACAUCCUUUGCUGAUUCGGCCGAAGUGGCCUACGAUGACCCCGCCCGUUCAUUCCCGAGGCUUCUCUGGGCACGCGACGAAGGCUUGUCGCGUCUCAAUACCGUCGCUGUAUUGAGCCUGCCCGAGUCAAGAGCGGCGGCCAGUCUGAGGAGGGAAGAAGGCGAAGGCGCCGUCGAAAGGCUGGCACGGCAUAUCCGGGACGCGCAGAACCUCCCGACCUUUGUCGUCAACUUCGCCCGCCGCUUCUUGACAGGCUCGUACGAGACGCCAUCGAGCGCGUUGGACGAUGGCAAGCUGGAGAGGGACGCGUUCGGAUUUAGGAAGUUGAUCGUUGGUGUUAGCGAGUACGGCAAGGCGUAUACAAUCGACUCGUCUACGGGCCAUACGAUCUGGUCUAAGCGCCUCGCUGGAGAGGCCGUCGAUGUCAAGCAUAUAUUCGAUCUCAGCGAAGAGAGCGCGGAUACGCUUCGAGUCGUGCUCAUCGCCGUGCGGACCUCUGCGGACGGCUCAAAAGAAACCCUCAUCUACGACUUCGACGCUCUCACGGGUGGACCAGAUGUAGUGCUCAAAGGCACGAAGUUCUUCACCGGCCGACCACUCGCGGCGCAUACCUUCAGCAUCUCUGAGGAAGACGGGAACGAUGCGAAGGCGAUUCUGCUUGUCGACGAACAGCGCGGAGUGAUCGUCUACCCUGAUACACCCGCCGCCCAAGCCGCUCUGUCGCGGUUGCAAAGUUCGCUGCAUCUCCCACUGCGGUUCGGCGGAUCUGUGACGGGACACGUUCUCGUCCCCUCUACACCAGUCGUCGAUGCGACCGGAGAGCAGAUCACGGACAAGCCGAAGUGGACGCUCGCGUCAACGUGGACCCAUACGCCUCCCCAGGCCUGGCCUGCCGGCGAGCUCAUCACGAACCUUAUUCCGCGACCUCAGACGCCCGUCGCGUCCCUCGGCAAGGUACUAGGCAACAGAACGACACUAUACAAGCUCCUCAACCCGCAUACAUUUGCGCUCACGACUUCCGCGCCCGAUGCGUGCGGAAUACGCGUGCUCGACGGCGUCAAGGGUACCCUUCUCUAUCAUGCGCGCCUGCCGAAACCUACACACGGCGAAUGCGAUGUACAGGUAUCCUUCGUCGAGAACUGGCUCGUGUAUGUCUACUGGGACCCGGAGUACGCAUGGGUUGGGCAGUCGAAGGGGCGGAGGGUCGUUAGCGUUGAGCUGUACGAGGGUGCGCCUGAUGAGCGCACACGCAGCGCGGAGCUCUCAAGCUUUGAUCCGGCAUCGGCGCAAGUGACAGCGUACGAGCAGGCAUAUGUCUUUCCUCACGGCGUGAAGGCCGUUACUACCUCUCAGACCAAGUUCGGCGUCACAAGUCGGGAUCUGAUCGUUGCGACGGACAAAAACAGCAUCCAGACCUUCCCUCGACUCUUCCUCAACCCACGCCGCCCAAAACUGGGUGCAGGCGCUAAGCCUACGACGGAGAUGCAGGAAGAGAUGCUCAUCCAGUACGACCCUAUCAUGCCGGAUGACACAAGGAGGGUCCUGAGCCAUGUAUACGACGUUGCUGGUGUGAAGGAGAUCAUCACCAGCCCGUCGUUGCUAGAGAGCACGGCGGUCGUGUUCGCGUAUGGGCUGGACCUGUUCGGAACGCGAGUUGCGCCGAGUAGGACGUUUGAUGUGCUGAGCCCGAAUUUCAACAAGGCUCAACUUGUGUUGACACUCGGCGCGCUUACGGCGGGUAUCGUGUUUGUAAAACCGAUGGUGAGGCGAAAGAAGUUAAAAGAGAGGUGGUAUGUCAGGGGAUAG